AUGUCUGCAUACCGCUCUAAUGCACAAGAUGCAGCCUUAGUCAUUGGUCUCACUCAGAUGACAUCCACCGUCCACUGCCAGAGGUCCCACUGCUGCCUUAGACGGUUCUCUGCCAAUUGCCUACCCGUGGUCGUGAUGCCUUCGCUCCUUUUCAUCUUCUUGUCCCUUGUCUACUCCAGUAUAAGUCAUCACGAACACACUCACUUGGGUUCCCUUUCCUAUUUCCUUUUCUGCCUUAUUCCCCUUGCUUCUCUGCAUACCUGGCAGCUUUCAGUCUCUCUGAACAUUGCUCAACUCGAUAUCCCCCCCCAUCCCCCUCCAACCAAACACCAACAACGCACCUUUCCUCGAGAGAUAAAGUCAUCCACACUCCCAACUCACAUCUCCAGGAUCAAUUCCUCGGUCUUUCACAUCAUCCAUCACUUCAGUCACUCAACUUACCACCGAAGAACCUUUACAAUGUGCUAUCAACUUGUCGAGCUCUACUCGGCGUGCCGCUGCCUCUACUACCAGCACGCCAUUGACAGAUGCGCUGCCUACGGAAGACCAGGACAUAGCAUCCAGAAUAGAACGAUUUUAGUCGGAUACGCCUGCCAUGCUCACUCUUCAUCACAUGGCAAUUACGCAUCACAACACUCAUACUCCGACUCUGGCUACCACUCUAGCCAUUCAAGCAAGGGCUCCCGCCACUACCGGUGA